GACCUCGGGGCUGCAGGUUUCCGACUCCUGGGUUAGAGCCAGAGCAAUCGCGUUCAGUUGGCUAUAUAGUUGCUUAGGGUUAAGAGUGGGGCUCGUGUUAGGCUGGCUAGUCAGCUAAAAGUCGAGGUAGUCUUGACUUAAAGCUUUCGUGACUGCAGGAAUUCACGUAGAUAGGUUAAAAUAAAAUAACAAAAAUAUUUUUUUGUUAUUUUCUUUCAACCUAUCUACGUGACUUUACCGAAAGACCCAAAGAAACAUGAAUUCCUGCAGUCACGAAAGCUUUAAGUCAAGACACUAACCAAAAAAUAUAUUUUUGUUAUUUUCUUUGAACCUCUCUACGUGACUUUACCGAAAGACCCAAAGAAUAGUCGAGAUAGUGUCUGAUCGAGUUGAUGGCUCCGCCCCCAAACUGCCUGCCACGCCCCCCGCCACUCCUCCGUUCGGCCGUUGCAGUUGUUGGACACCGCGUUCCGUCUCCCCAGAGCUCGCGUUUGCAACUUGGCAAGAGGAGGCAGCCGCGAUGCCUCGCGGCUUCUUGGUGAAGCGGCGAAAAGAGCGCGCGGUGGCGCCGGCGCACAGAUGGGAAUUGUGCGGGUUCCAUCAUUCAGAGCAAGGAGAAACUCCUCGAGCAGAGGCAGCAGCAGCAGCAAGAGCGUCAGAAGUAACAGCAUUAGAAGCAGCAACAGCAGCAGAAUUAGAAACAACAGCAACAGCAGCAAGAGCAGUCCACGCAUACCGUGCGCGUGGGGACAUUCCUGCAUGCACCCCCUUUUUGUCCGUGGUGGAUCUCUCCCCCGCCAUACCUCUUCCACGGAGCAACGUGGCCGGAGGAGACGAUUAUGACGACGACGACGAUGAUGGUGACGGUGGUGGCCAGCGGAACAUAUCGGCUGGCGACCUCGACUCGACGUCACAAAUCAGCUCUCUUACCCUGCCGCCUGUGCCGGCAUUGAAGGAGAUCUCUGCGAAGAAAUUCGAGAAUAAGAGGAUGAGGCCGGUGAACAAGUGCCAGGGCGACAGCGCGCCCAAUAAUCAGAAGACGAAGAAGCCCAAAUUGGUGGAGGACGCGCUGUCCUCACCCGUGUUGGGUCUCGUGAUCACCACGGAACCCUGGUGCCGAGUCGAGCCCACGGGCUCGGUGGGAAGCUUCGUGUGCCAGCUCUGCGGGCUGUCGUACGAGGACCCAUCGGCGCUCGCUCGGCACGGGUGCUCGCGCAUCGUCCGCGUGAUCUACACGUGCCCCGAAUGCGACAAGAGCUUCAGCUGCUCGGCAAACUUGGCCUCUCACCGCCGGUGGCACCGGCCGCGUCUCGGCAACGACGAGGUCGAGGUGAAGGAGAACCGGCGGCGAGGGGGCGCCCUGGAGUGCCCGCGAUGCGGCAGAACUUUCAGCAAACGCGACUCGCUGCUUAAGCAUUUGGCCGCUCUGCACGGCGACUUUCAGCACCAAGGACAGCAGCGUCCGCAGCACUAUCAAGUACAGCGUGCUCAGCAGCAGCAGCACUAGCAGCACCAUCAAGUACAGCGUGCGCAGCAGCAGCACCAUCAAGGACAGCGUGCUCAGCAGCAGCAGCACCAUCAAGGACAGCGUGCGCAGCAGCAGCACUAGCAGCAC